AAGAUCACAUAUUAAAAUCAUGCUACAUAGAAAAAAUGAGCAAGGAUUCUCCGUGGGAAAAAAUCGAAUGUUAAUCGUCCAUCCAAAUCUGCUCACAAAUGAACAGGUGGAAAUUAUUGGAGGACAUAUAGUUGCAAACUUUUGUUUCGGAUGGCCGUCGAGGGUGUUACGUCUGCCGACCAACUUUGAAGUGAGAAGUAAAAGAUCCAACAAGCAAUAUUAUUUCGUUGGUCGUAAGACAAGGGGCCAAACGCAAAGUCAAUACUUGCAGUUUGGAGAUGGUGAGAAUCCAGGGAAAGCUGAGGCGGAAGCAACUCGACAAGGAAGCAAGGCUGUUGUGUAUGGUUCCAGAGGAAUGGGACAAGCGCAAAGUCAAAGUGAUCCAUUCAGUUGUGCUGAUUGCUAUGGAUAUGGAGGUUCCGGUAUUCCGGGUUCACAAACGUCUACCUCACCUUUUGCCCCAGGAUUAAAUGGAGAACAGUUAUCAGGUGGUCGACGGUUUGAUGCAUCGGGCCGACCAAUUUUAACUACUGGCGCAGACCCUGGAUUAUCCCAAACGGAUAUUUAUGGAAGACCUAUUGGUGGCGAUGGUCGAUCCCCAGGAGUCACAGGUCCAACCCAGGCAGGACAAGGAUUUAUUCCUGGAAGAGGUCCCGGUGCUGGUCAACAACAUGGUGGGCAAGUGCCAGGUCAACUAUUAGAAACACCGGUUGGUAGCUUAAUUCAAUCAGGAACACGUGGCCAGAAUGGUAAACCCGGCGUUUCUGGCACUAACGCUCUCUUUAUACCCGGCCAAACACCCGGAACACAUCAAACUCGCCCAGGUCAAACAGGUGGCUACCAACAAGGUGGUCAAGUACAACCCGGUACUGGAGGUGGAACCAUUUUUACACCAGGACAGGCAGGCCAAGCACCUGGAUCAUUUCAAACACAUCCUGGGCAAACUAUAUUGAGAGGACCGGACGGUGGACAAGCUCCAGGAACACAUCAAAUACAACCUGGUCAAGCAGGUGGAGACUUAUUACCGGGCACUACAACUGGUGGAGGAAGAGGUCCAUCAGGAUCAUUUCAAACGUACCCAGGUGGUCCUGGAAGUGGUACAAUAUUGAGACCUGGUCAAACUCAUCCAAGCCAAACCGGUGGACUACAACCAGGAAUAACAGGCGGACCUGGUACAGGAACAUAUUUUACUCCAGGACAAGUAUCUACGGGUGGUCAAUAUCCUAGUGGUGGUAGUCAACCUGGUUCGGACCAAACACCUUCUACUCAUGCAGGUGGAACACAAGGAACAACAGGUGGCCCUGCAACUGGAACACAAUUUACCCCAGGACAAGCACCAGGUUUAUUACAAAUUCGUCCAGGCCAAGUAGGAGGACCAAGCGGUGGUCAAAUACCUGGAUCCAUACACACACAACCCGGUUCGCAAAUAUACGAUCAUGAUGGUCUUCAAAACCCGGCGCGUCCAGUGCAUCCCGGUGAUGUUGGAGCAAUUGCACCUGGCGCGCAAAUUCAACAGGGUGGUGUAACAACUCAACCAGGUGAAACAACCUAUUUUAUUCCUGGUGGUAUAAGACAACGGCCAGGCGAUGGUUCUUUUGGUUACUAUCCAUCGACCGGAACACCAGGUGGAAGAAUCCAGGGAGGAGAUUCAGGUAUACAAGAUGGAACUUUCAACGGUCAAUUAGCCGGACAAUACCGACCGGCAAGUGCCAGGGGGGAAUUUUCCGGCACAUUUCAAGGUAGAUAUAGCCCACAUGGAUCUAGAACACAUAUAGGUUCACAAGGAGCGCAAAUUAGUGGAGGUGGACAGCAAACUGGAGAUAGUGCGCAGCAGGUUCAUUAUCCAGGAUCUAUUAUUGAUCCGGUGGUCAAAGAGGGCAAGGUUCUCUUGAACAACAAGGAUUUCCAGGCGAGUCAGUUGGAGGACAGCAAUGGUCACAAGCAGGUACACCCGGAAGUCAAAUCCCAACAGGUUCAUCAAUUACUGGACAAAUUCCGGGCCAAUAUGUACAAGUCAACCUGGCUAUCAACACGGACAGUACAUACACCAGGACAAAUACAUACAACAACCGGUGGUCAAUAUCCUAGUGGAGGUAGACAACCAGGUUAUCAACAAGGGACAGUACAUACACCAGGACAAAUACAUACAACAACCGCUGGCCAAUAUCCUAGCAGUGCAGGCGGCCAACCUGGUUAUCAACAAGGUACGAGCGGACAAGGUCCAAUAGGUGGCCAACCAGGCUAUCAACAAGGUGCUGGACAAAUACCUGAACAAUCGCAUUUAACAACUGACGGUCAAUAUCCUAGUGGCAGUAGUGGUCAACCAGGUUAUCAACAAGGAGCACCAGGACAAUUGCAAAUCUCGACUGGGGGACAAUACCCAACGGGUGGUACCAGUCAACCAGGUUAUCAGCAAGGAACACCUGGACAAAUUCACUCAGGGACAGAUGGUCAAUACCCAGGUAGUGCAAGUGGUCAACCUGGUUACCAAACAGGAACAGGACAACCACAGGGACAUUUACAAACACCUACUGGUGCUCUGUAUCCUGGUGGUUCUGGUCAACCUGGUUAUCACCAAGGAACAGAAUUUACACCGGGUUAUCCAGGCCAAACUACAGGUACAGGUCAGCAAGGUGGUACAACCGGAGGACAACAAUUUUAUGGCCAACAACCAGGAACAAGUGGACAACAAAUAGGAGGAGGCGGACCAACUUACGGUACACAAACACCUUAUGGUCAACAAGGUGGUCAAACAUUAGGAAGCGGUGUUGGAGACUAUGCAGGUUCUGGCGUUCCACAGGUAGGACAAUUCCAACUCCCCGGUCAAGCAGGUCAAGGUUUAGAAGCGGACGAUUCUGAUACGCAAGCGCAAAGUACAAUUCAGCGGUCAGAUAAUGAAACUCAGGCGAGUGCCUCUUCUUCGGGUCGGUUUGCUGGCGGUACGGCACAAUCACAAGUAUCUGGAUCUUACGCAGGUACAGGAUCAUUUAGUGCCUCGGCAGGUAGCAACGACGGAUUACGCGGUGCGCAAACACAGGUUUCCGGUAAUUCGGAAGGUACCCUCAGUUCCUCUCAAGGUAUGGGAGGCCGAGGUAAAUCCCAAGCACAAGUCCAACUUUCAGCGGACACUGGUGACACCACCUCAAGUGCCCAAUCCGGUGGAUUAAACCACGGUACCAACACACAAGUACAAUCGGGAAUUAAAGGGGGAAUGGCAGAUGCACAAGCCAACGGUCCAGGUAGCACCUCUUCUCAAGCACAAAUAGGUUUCUCUCCAUACGACGCAAACACCAAUGACGACGAUCCUGGAAAUCCCCACAACGGAGGAGGAACGGCAAGCGCCUCAAGUGGAACUCACGCGGGUAAAUCCCAAGUACAAAUUAAUGGAAAAUACGCGUUUGGUAUACGCUACACGGGCCAAGCUCAAGCUUCCUCCGCAAAUUCCGGCUACACGGCUGAUAAUAUCAAUUUACCAACAAUGCGACCAAUCGACUUCUCACAAAACACUUAUAGCAAACCAGCAAAACAAGAAAAAGUUAACGUGCGUCAAAUAGACGACCCCAGCUUAAUAAAAAUUAUUACAUCUUCAACAACUCCAUUACCCGAUGAUGAUGAUGAAGAAGAAUACGACGACUAUGAAGAUCCUAACCCACCACCAAGACAUAACUUGGUUCAACAAGCAAAAACAAGAAGUCUAAUGCAUGACGCCCUUGAUCCUCUAGAAGAUAUAGAAGAUCAUGGUAUUCAAAUCGAAGGCCAGCUAAAACACGGCGAUAUAAUUCAAACAGGUCAAUACAUUCCAGGGAGCACCGGGUACAAAAUCCCACAAGGUUUUCGUGGCCGUGUCACCGAAGAUCAACAGCAACACGAAACAGAUAGCGACUUAGGCAAAAGAAUCAUCUACGCAGCUGGAGCUAACGCAAAUCGUCGUGGGCACAACGAUGGAUACGGUUCAGGUUAUUCCUACCAACCAAGAUACUCCCCAGUCCAAUACGGUUUCAAAUCAUCAAACCAACCAAAGAAUUUCGUCUCAGUGACAAAAUCAGAAACAGGUUCACGUAAUAUCAUCACUGGAAAGAAAACUCCCUCAGUUUAUUAUACACAAUCAUCAACGUGUGGAUAUUUCACCAAUACGUGCGUCUAUAGCAAUGGGCGAAAGAUCUGCCUACCGAAACCGAAGGCCAAUCCGGAUGGAACACCCAUUGUAUGCAGAAACUAAAUGGACACUCGACUAUAAAACAAUAUAAUACCAUCACUGCCAGACGUAUUAUAAUUAUAACUUAAAGUAUCUAUUUUCAUACAUUGCUUUUUUUUAAUUAACUGCGAGUAAAAUAUUGUAGUUUUAUUAAUAAUGAUUAAACGUUUGAAAACACAA